CGCGCAAAAAAUAUUCUGACAGAUAUUAUUGUGGCGUUGAACGCAAAAAAAAUAAUAAUAAUCCCUUAAUUGUAUAAUUUUAAAUAAAAAGUUUGUUAAAUUGUGUUAAAAACUAGCAAAAGUAUGAAAACUUAUCAAUGUGAUUGUGCAUACAGUAAAAAAUACCAUUAAAAAUACAAAAAACACAACAAAGAGAAGAAAUCACAACUGCUGAGACACGCUUUACAAACGCAGAGAAAAAAACAACAAAAAUCAAAUUGUUCAGCCAUGGAAACUCUUGGCAGUGGAACAGAAAAUCCCAUAGAGAAUUUUACUCGUUCCAGCAGACGUGUUAGAAACAAUAAUAAUAAUAAAAGUAUUACCUCCAAAUUAAAUGAUUCUAAAGAUCAGGAAAAUGUAAAUAAUACCAGUGCUGUGCAAAGUGAAGCGGCGGACACUUCCAUAAAGGAAGAUUUGACAAAAAGUAAUGCCACUAUAGAUGCUAAAGUACAUAACACUACAGCAAACAUAAAUUCCUCUACACCGAGAAGGAAAAAAGAUCCCUUAGCUAAUCUCCAUUCAAACUUAAGUCCCAAAUAUAUUGGUUUCACUACACCACCUCAACAAUUGAACAGCAGUAAAGAGGAAAGAACCAGAAGUUUAAGAAGACGUCAUAAUAACAGCACUAACAACGCUGAUAGCUCUCUCGAUAAAGAAACCGCUGACAUGACCUUUAGUACAACAUUUACCCCAAAUAACGAAUCAACAGUAGGCUUUGUAAGACGUACUCCCAGAAAUAAAGAUUCUCAAUCUACACCCGAUAGCAGCAGUGCAAAAAGAAAAGAUUUUGUAAGUCCCAUAGAUAAAUUGUUAAUAAAAAAUGGUGCCAUCAUGGAAAAUAACAAUAAUUUGCCAUUAAAAGAGUAUAAUGAGCUAAACUCGAAAGGUAAGGAGUUAAUUAAGGAUGAACAAAAUAAAGUGCAGGAAAUGGAAACAGAAUUAGGUGUUAAAAAACUGGAAAACUGUGAUGACACAAUAGAUUUAGAUUCCGUAAAAGAGUGUGAAACAAAUGGCACUAUAUCGGACGGCAACUGCGAGGAGGCAAUAAAAGAUAAAGAUGAAAACGAAGACAGUAUUUCUGUAUCUAGUGUAAUAGCCAAACAAUUAGAAGAUGAUGAUGAAGAAGAAAUAGAAAGUAAAGAAGAUGAACCAAUACAGGAAAAAGAAAAUAAUACAGAAAAUGAAGCAGACACAAGUCAGCAUCAAUUAAAUGAAGAAGAAUAUGAAGAGCAGCAAAGCAAACUCGAGGAAGCAAAAGAUGAAAGGCAAAGUGAAGUUGGAAUUGAAAACGAUGAUUUUGAAAAUAAAUCCAAUGCUUCACUACAGAAUAAUGAAAUAGAAAUGGAAACCAAUGAAAAUGAAGCAGAAGAUAAAGACAGUGACAAAAACGAUGAUAAAACAAGUUUGGAAGAGAACUCAGGUGAACAAAUGGAAACCUCAAAGUCAAUAUCACCUUUAAAUGAAUCUGUUAUAGAAUCUCCUGAAACUGGCGAACAAAAUGAAAAGUCUCAAGUUAAAAUUGAAUUAGAAUCCGUUGAAACUGAAAGCAACAAUGAAUUUGUGGUAGAGGCCACGGCCUCCGCAAACUCUCCCUCAGCUGUUAGUAUGGACAGUGCCAAAGGUUCUUCCAUAAUUAAUGAAGGCUCUUGGAUGUCCUUCUCAACGGGAGAUCUAUAUUGGGGUCAAAUCUACAAUUAUUGCUAUUGGCCUUGUAUGGUGUGUCCAGAUCCCGAGGGCAAAACCAUUACCACGGAAGAGGUUGGUCGUUCGGGCGAUCAAACAGUUUUGGUACACGUUCGUUUCUUUGCCGACAAUGGUCGUCGCAAUUGGGUUAAACGUGAAAAUCUCAUGCCCUUCAAUGGUAUCGAAAGUUAUCAGGAACGUAUUGAUGAGGUGCGUGAAAAGUAUGGUCCAAAAAGUGCAAAAUAUAAGUUGUAUGUGCCGACAAAACGAAAAGAACCUGUUUGGUAUGAUGCCGUAAACGAGGCCAAUCUGGUCAAUGAGGUUGCUUAUGCUGAAAGAUUGGAGAAAUUUUAUGAAAUUUUUGAAAAAUCAAAAGCUUUUCAUAAACUUGAAAAACAACGUCGUAAAUCAAUGUACAUAUCAGUUAAUACUACGAAUAACUCCGACAUUGAGAGUUUUUAUGGUUCGAAUGAUAAUAUCAACAGUUUAUCGGUGCCCGCAGUUACAAAACAGAAACGUGAACGUUCUAUAUCGCCCUAUAGUCCGGCCUAUUCACCCAUCAAACCAGUGGCCUCAAAACGAAGAAAACUGAGCGAGGAACAGGAAUUGGUUCCAGCAACCGCAACAUCGUCCCUUGUAGUAGAAACCGAAGAGAAUUCCACAAAUACGGCAGACCUUAAUUUAAGUCAAACUAAUUCGGUUGCUUCCACAAGCUCAAAUUCGAAUUCCUUAAAUGAUUUGGAAAUUUUUAGUGGUCUCGAAUUUAGAAAAUUCUAUGCAGUCAUGAAAGAUUUUGUUAUGGAACAAAAUCAUAAUGAGAAAUUGGAAAAGAGUCUAGUAGUGGCAGUACGUAAUAUUUGGGCACUUAAGCAAUUAAGCCGCCGCCAAAUGGAGCGUAAACUAAGGGUAUCAUUAACAGAAACAGAUAUGUCCACUUCAUUAGCAGUAGCAAAUGAUCGUCCUGCAACGGGUGAUGGCUCCGUUAAACGUUUGUCCUCGCGCUUGAAAACCCUAAUGGUAAGAAAAUCUUUAAUGGCCCAACAAACACCUGAGGGUACACCCGAAAGGUCUGAGACACCAAAGCCCGCUACAAAAGAUACACCAACUGUCAAGAAACCCCUUAAUCGACCUAUAUUAGAGGUUAUCGAUGAUAUUUUCGAGUUGGACAGUAAAUAUCUUUUCAAGGGCCUGAGUCGUGAUCCGGUAUGCAAGUAUUGCUUUAGACCCGGCGGAAAUCUAAGAAGAUGCGCUAAAAAUUGUAGUUAUUGGUUACAUAACGAGUGUCUUUAUAAAGAUUUCAGUCAAGGUGGCAAAAGACGCGGACCUAAAGCUUUAAAUGGUGCAAAACCCCACAAUGAUACUUUAAAUGGCAGUCAUAGCUCUUCUGUGACUAGUCUAACUGAAAUAGGUACUGUAGCUCAUGUGACUGGAGACUCGGAGGCACCAGUGGCCGAGGUUAUUUGUAAAGAGUGCAGUAAUAAUGAGCCAACAAAAUGUAUGGUUUGCCAAAGCACCGAAUCGAAAAAGGCUGAUGAUCCGUUGGUCAAAUGUUGCAUGACACAAUGCGACCGUGCUUUUCAUCCGGCUUGCUGUAAAUAUUGGCCACAAGCCAAAAUCACCAUAUCGAAAAAUCACAUAGAAUCCUUUCGCUGUCCAUCACAUGUCUGUCAAACUUGUGUCUCUGAUGAUCCGAAGGGAAAGUUCCAGCAUUUGAGUAAUGCUAAGCUAACAAAAUGUGUUAAAUGUCCUGCUACAUUUCAUACCGACUCAACUUGCAUACCGGCCGGUUCGCAAAUACUCACAGCAGCCCACAUUAUUUGCCCGCGUCAUUCGAGUAGCAAACACGAUAUGACAGUUAAUGUUAAUUGGUGUUUUAUAUGCGUUGGUGGCGGUCAAGUUAUAUGUUGCGAAACGUGUCCUACUGCCGUGCAUGCUCAUUGUCUGAAAAUACCCAUUGAUCCCAAUGAGGGUUACAUAUGCGAGGAAUGUGAAUCGGGACGUAUGCCCUUGUAUGGUGAGAUGGUUUGGGCCAAGUUUAAUAACUUCCGCUGGUGGCCAGCUAUUAUAUUGCCACCUACAGAAAUACCGAAAAACAUAGCGCGUAAGACACACAAUCCCUCAGAUUUUGUGGUGAGAUUUUUCGGUACCCACGAUCACGGCUGGAUUUCAAGGCGUCGAGUGUAUUUGUAUCUAGAAGGCGAUUCUUCGGAACCACCCAAAACAAAGUCAAGUUUGGAUUUAAGCUACAACAAAGGCGUCGAAGAGGCCAAAGAAGUCUAUGAAAUUAUAAAAGCUAAAAAACUACAACAACGUAAUGCCAAUGAGAACAAAGAGAAAUUACAUCCCCAACCUUAUGUACGCAUAAAGGCCAAUCGUGCUGUGCCACCCGUCAAACUGCACAUUGACAUUGAAAGUGUCAGCAAAUGUGAGUGUGAUCCACGUGAAGAGAAUCCUUGUGGACCCGAUACGAAUUGCCUAAAUCGUGUUUUAUAUCAUGAAUGUAAUCCUAAAAUCUGUCCAGCCGGUGAACGUUGUCAAAAUCAAAUGUUUGAAUCACGCAUUUCACCACGUUUAGAUGUGGUCUAUAUGAAGGAACGAGGUUUUGGUUUGAUCUGCCGUGAACCCAUAAAAGCGGGCACUUUUAUUAUCGAAUACGUGGGUGAGAUAAUAAACGAUGAUGAGUUUCAGGCACGCAUGCAACAAAAAUCACGUGAUCGUGAUGAGAAUUUCUAUUUUCUAUCGGUAGAAAAGGAUUAUAUAAUCGAUGCAGGACCCAAGGGUAAUUUGGCUAGAUUUAUGAAUCAUUCCUGUGAUCCUAAUUGUGAAACACAAAAGUGGUCGGUUAAUUCUUUAAAUCGUGUGGGUCUUUUUGCUAUUAAAGAUAUACCUGAGAAUACCGAAUUAACUUUCAAUUAUCAUUGGGAUGAUUUGUUGGGCAAUGAAAAGAAGACUUGUUUCUGUGGGGCGAAAAAGUGUGCUGGACAAAUUGGUGGCAAGAUAAAGGAUAUCGAAACUGUUAAGGAACCUAUUGUCACAAGUGGAACUGGUAAAAAUAAAUCAAAAACUAAAACAAAACCCCUUAAGAGAUUACUAAAUGGUGGCCUUAAAAAUAAACUGGGAACAAAACUAAAAAUCAACACUAAAACCAAAACUAAAAGCAAGAAAAUGUCUGCCGCCGCCACAGUAACCGCUUUACUGCAAGUAAAAACUGAAAACACAAAUCCUACAACAAUAAACGUAGACCUAACGGAAGAUAGGGAAACAAUUGAGGAAGCCUCUACUAGCAGACGUUUAGAAUCACCCGAUAUAUUUUGUUAACCAGCAUUUACUUGAUGUUUUUCUUAUUUGUAGUGUGAACUGUAAAUGAUGACAAAUAUGUAUUUUUUUUUAUUUAUAUACAAAUGUAUUUUUUUAUAUUCCUUUAAAAAUCCAUUUAUUUGAUUUAAUUUUCUUAAAAAACAACAAAUGCACGCUUAUAUUUUCUUUUUCGAUA